CUUUCGUCGUUGCAUCUGAGACUCGGCACCUCCAUUAUCAAAACCAAAAAAAUAGCAGAAUCUCACCAAUUCAACCCCCCGGCCCCGAUUCUUUCCAAAGUUUAUCCCUUUUUCUUCUCUUCUUCUUUGUCUUCGAACGAAGUUCCUACAAAAUGAACUGAAUUUGUUUAAAGAAAAAAAAAACAUUUUUUUUAAUUAUUCUUUAAGUAUCGUUUAAAGCACCACAUCCCAUUUUUACUCAGUGCUGGGGGUCUUCAGAAAGGGGAUGAAUUUAAAUUAGUGAAAAUUUUAGGGUUUAAGAUUGUGAUAAUUUUGUGAGUUGUGAUUAUGCUUAGGUUGUGGAAAUGGUACCAAAAUUGCUUGGCUGUUCACCCUGUUAAGACACAGGUAAUCAGUUCAGGAAUCAUAUGGGGUGUUGGUGACAUUGCUGCACAAGCUGUCACUCAUAGUUAUUCUACACCUAACACUGCCCACACUCAUCAAAUUCAGGAUGACGACGACGACGAAUUCAAGAUCAACUGGAAGCGGGUGGCUACAACCAGCUUGUUUGGGUUAAGCUUUGUUGGCCCAGUUGGCCAUUACUGGUAUGAAGGCUUGGAUAGAUAUAUAAGAUUGAGACUCAUGCUCAAACCAGAUUCCUUCCGCUUUGUUGCCUCUAAAGUUGCCAUUGACGGGUUCCUUUUCGGGCCAUUGGAUUUACUCGCAUUUUUCACUUACAUGGGCCUUUCUACCGGAAAGAGUAUUCCUCAAAUCAAAGAAGAUGUGAAGAGAGAUUUUCUUCCCGCCUUUAUCUUAGAAGGAGGGAUAUGGCCCAUCGUUCAGGUCGCAAAUUUUCGGUAUGUACCCGUAAGGUAUCAGCUCCUAUAUGUCAACCUCUUCUGCUUGCUGGAUAGCUGUUUCUUGUCUUGGAUUGAGCAACAACAGGAUGCUCAAUGGAAAAAAUGGGUGAAAUCUUUUCUACCUCUCAAGUAACACAGAAGCAUCAAGUCUUAAUUUAGUGCUUCUCAAUUUCUCACUCAUGUCUUUAUUCCUGGCCUUGUCAAUUUGUUAAAUGUUCAUCUCAGAUUGUACUAGUUUAUAAAAGCCUAUUGAUUUACAAGAUAUGAUUUUCAUCUUGAAUACAAAUUGACACUUUGAUCAAUCAAACAUGUGCAAUAUCAAGUUCCAUUGAA